AUGGUACAUCGUGAUAUAAAAGCUAAAAACAUAUUAAUGGAUGUCAAUGAUCAAUGCUAUUUAGCUAAUUUUGGCGCAGGAAAGGAAUGGGUUAUGAAUUCAACAAUGAUUGAAACUUUUUCUUUGACACCAGAAAUUAAUCGUGACUCUGUAUAUGAUGGUACAGUAGCGGAUAUUUAUUCAUUCGGCAUCUUUCUCUAUGAAAUAUUAUCAUCGCCCUGGCGCAAUUACAAAUGCCAAAGAGUUAUUCAAAGAGAUGAAACUACAAGAAUGCUUAAAAGCGCUUGA